UUUGCAUGAAGGGGCGGUUCUCCAGCUCUGGGGGUUUAAGAGCGAACUGGAGGGUCCCAGCCAAAGACCCAUUUGCCUCAGGAAGACGAGCUCCUCUGGAUUCCUCACCAUGGCCUGGGCCCCUCUGCUCCUCACGCUGCCCACAUACUGCACUGGAUCCUUGGCCCAGUUUGUGCUGACUCAGCCGCCCUCAGUAUCAGCGUCUCCUGGGCAAACGGUUACGAUCUCCUGUGCCAGGAGCAGCGGCAGCAUCAGCGGUAGCUGGAAUUCCUGGUACCAGCAGAGCCCCGGCCGAGCUCCAGUACUGAUUAUAUAUGAGGAUAGCAAGCGGCCCUCAGGGAUUCCAAGUCGAUUCUCUGGUGCCAUUGACAGCUCUGCCAAUGCUGCCACUCUAACCAUCUCUGGGGUCCAAGCUGACGAUGAGGCUGAUUAUUACUGUUCUGCAGGGAGUGUCUUCGGUGGAGGAACCCAGCUGACCGUCCUUGGUCAGCCAAAGGCAUCUCCUACCGUGCACCUCUUCCCUCCAUCCUCAGAAGAGAUCAAAACAAAAAGCAAAGCCACACUGGUGUGUCUGCUGGGCAGCUUUUACCCAGGCUCAGUCCAAGUCACCUGGAAAGCUGACGGCCAGCAGAUCUCCACUGGAGUGGAGACGACCAAGCCAUCCAAACAGAGUGACAACAAGUUCAUGGCCAGCAGUUAUCUGUCUCUGGAUGCAUCAAAGUGGAAGACUCAUGAGACCUACACCUGCCAGGUGACACACGAUGGGAAGAGCUUCGAGAAGUCCCUGAAGAGCUCAGAGUGUUCUUAACCCUCUGACCCCCGGAGGGCUCGGCCGGUUCCCGUGUCAGUCUGUAGGGGGUUCCCCAAGGGAGCCAGGAUCUCUCUGUAGCAUUCCCAUAAUGCCGAUUUCCAGAAAAUCUGCUUCCUCUUUUAGGUGGGGGAUUUUACCAAUCCAUAUGACACCUGUCUUUAUUCCCACGUCACCACUGCUCUCACCCCCUGCAUUCCCUAGAACUGUCCUUCCUGCUUUAGUCUCUGAUGCAGCCUUGUUAUGAUAUUAAUAAAAUCAGAAAAAUUUGACUAUCGCUGUGACUGUGAAGGGUUUAACUUCUUCUGUCCCCUUUUCUCCUGAUGUAUUAAUUGCAAUAUUCACAUAAUCUUCCAAUAAAAUAAAUUUACCUUUUAUCAGCCAA